UACAUGAACACAACUCAUUUCUGUAUCUUUCUGAUCAAAUCCCACAAGAAUUUCUUUUGAUACCAUCAUGUGCAAGAAGAAUACCUCCAACAUAAGUUUACUUUGUUGUGAAGAAACUAAAGAUCUCUCCAAACCAUGCAGGUUCUUUUUUUCAUUACUGAAGGAAGCACUUUCUCACUUCCAUAAUUUGCCUGGUAGGGUUUCUUCUGCAAGACCAGAAGAAGAGUAUUUGUCCAGUGACAUCGAUGAUGAUCUAGAAGUGAUAAUUCUUGAAAUCCAAAGUGGUGCAAUGGAAGCAAAGCUAAGGCGUGUUAGCAAUUCAGAUAGCCAAAGGUGGGUUUUGCUUCAAGGGAUGGAAGAGUUUUUAUUUACUUCAUCAAAGGAAGUAGUGAAGGAAGUAGAAGAUAAUAAACAUGAGGAUAAAGAGGUGGAGUCUUUUUACUCAGUUGGGAGUUGCUUCUCUCGCUGUUCGAGUGCAAGUAGAGAUGUUUUCUUCUCUGUUGGAAGUCGAUUAUCGCGUUGUUCGAGCAUGAAUGGGAUUGAUUUUGGGGAUGAUAAGAGGAGAUCAAUAAUUCAGGAGCUUUGUCACUGCGAAGGAUGGCCGUUUGGUUUAGGUCGAAAGGCCCUUCUGCUUCCACCUCUGCCUAGAUGUCCCUCAGAAUCAUGGUUAUGGCGUAAAGGCAAUCGAAUAUAUAGUUAAGAUCGAUGCCUUAAACACAGUCUAUUGUCAGCUUAUAC